CGCACAAAGUAUUCGAAGUCUUUGCUGAAAGCAUACUAUAAUAUACGUUUUUAUAGUGGCAGUUACUUUUUCCAUUAUACUUUUGUAGAGACAAGUGACUGGGGACCUUUGCGCAACAUGCCUAUCUCCGAAUUUAGAAAAAGGAAACUUCUUUACGUGUUUCACGUAUUUUUUGAUGUAAACCAAAGCGGGACCAUCGAUAGGAAGGAUUUCGAGCUUGCUAUUGACAAAAUCUGCUCCUUACGAGGAUGGGCAAACGGCACGCCGCAGUAUAAGAAAACUUUCGACGAUAUGAUUACAAUUUGGGAGGGACUCAAAUUUAAGGCAGAUGCAAACAAAGAUGGGCAGGUGAGCGUAGAAGAAUGGGCCACCAUGUGGGACGAAUUUUCUAAAACACCAGAAAACGCAUUAGAAUGGCAAACUCAGUACAUGCGUUUUAUGUUUGAAAUGGAGGAUUCCAGCGGCGACGGGGCUAUAGAUGUAGAUGAGUUUACCGGAGUUUGUUCGUGUUAUGGAUUGGAUCCGGCAGAGUGCAAACUAGCUUUUCAAAAAAUGGCACAGGGUCAGCCCAGUGUGAGCUACGAGCAGUUCGAAGUACUAUGGAAACAAUUCUUUACUUCAGAAAAUCCAUCCGAUCCUGGCAACUUCAUUUUUGGGAAAACAAAUUUUUAAUCUAGACUAAGACACUUCUAAUAUCAAUAUUAAUAAUUAGCAUCUUUUGUAUUUUGUUCCAUAUUCCUACUACUAAUAUUGAUAACCUACUUCAUAUUACAUUCUUGAAAAAAAAAUUAUACAAAACAAUGCUUGAGGAAGCUAUACUUAGUUGGUUAUUUGUAAUAUUGAUAGAAAUAGACAAAUUGUACCGAGAUAUAUUUAGCCUAUAAUAUAAAAAGCUAUAAAAUAUAAGGUUUGUUACAAUUUAAAAUUAAAAUAAAUAGAGUUACCCGAACUAUACUAAAUAAACUAGAGAUGUUGUGUUUCAAGAGUUUGAUAUUUUUGCUUCGACCUCGUACUACAAUGCAGAAUUUUGACCUUCUAGUUAACUAUUACCUAAUUUAAAUUAUGGAUACAACGUAUUCCGCAAAAAGCUUUGAUAAUGACAAUAUACUAUACUGCUUGCGUGGUGUACAACUAUUCGAAUAUGUUUCAAAUAAUUUAUAAAAAAAACAAGCCUUCAACAAAUCACAUUCAAAUUCGAUUAAAGUUAUGACUUUUGUGUCGUGAAUAAUACGAGAAUUCUAAUUACUAUGCGUUUAGUACUAUUUCUUGUACUAUGGUCAUUUCUAAUGAUGUCAAAUAAUUAAUAAUAAAUGAAAUUAAUUCGUGAAACAAAAAACGGGUAAAAAUAAUGAGAACUAAUAUUAAUUAUUUGUUAU